AUGAGUCUGGAUUUGCUCACCAAGUCUCUGUUAGCUUUUACCUCAAGGGGAGAAUUGGAUCAGCUGAAGGUGAAGCGGUUCUGGGUGAAUCAGCGCAACGUCCCAGGGAUCGACAGUGCCUACCUGGCCAUGGAUACAGAGGAAGGUGUGGAAGUGGUUUGGAAUGAGGUUCAGUUUUCUGAGCGGAAGAACUUUAAGCUUCAGGAAGAAAAAGUUAAAGCGGUGUUUGACAACUUAAUUCAGCUGGAACAUCUGAACAUUGUGAAGUUUCACAAAUACUGGGCUGAUGUGAAGGAGAAUAAGGCCAGGGUGAUCUUCAUCACUGAAUAUAUGUCUUCAGGGAGCUUGAAACAGUUCCUGAAGAAGACAAAGAAAAACCACAAAACGAUGAAUGAAAAGGCCUGGAAGCGGUGGUGUACCCAGAUCCUCUCUGCUCUCAGCUACCUCCACUCCUGUGAUCCCCCAAUCAUCCACGGUAACCUGACCUGCGACACCAUCUUCAUUCAGCACAACGGACUGAUCAAAAUUGGGUCAGUCUUUCAUAGGAUAUUUGCUAAUGUGGCACCGGACACGAUUAACAACCACGUGAAGACCUGUCGUGAGGAGCAGAAGAACCUGCACUUCUUCGCCCCGGAAUAUGGAGAAGUUGCCAACGUCACCACUGCUGUGGACAUCUACUCCUUCGGGAUGUGUGCACUGGAGAUGGCAGUGCUGGAGAUCCAGGGUAACGGGGAGUCGUCGUACGUGCCGCAGGAGGCCAUCAACAGUGCCAUCCAGCUGCUGGAGGACCCCCUGCAGAGGGAGUUCAUCCAGAAGUGUCUGGAGCAGGACCCCGGCCGGCGCCCCACCGCCCGGGAGCUGCUCUUUCACCAGGCCUUGUUCGAGGUGCCGUCGCUCAAGCUGCUGGCUGCUCACUGUAUCGUUGGACACCAGCAUAUGAUUCCUGAAAAUGCUUUAGAAGAAAUGACCAAAAACCUUGACAUGAACGCGGUGUUGGCAGAGAUCAAUCACGCGGACAGGGAAGGAGUCAAAAUGAUGUGA